AUGUCGUCGAGCUCGAGCGUGACGAGCGUCGGCCCGCGCGCCUCCCCGGCGUUACUGCCAGACAUGCGUUUGGAGCAGUUUUUCCUAUCGACGAUUCGACAGCAUGUCCUCAUUGAUGGCGUGUCUCCCGAGUCGUACGUCAACGCCACACAUACCCCAUGGGACAAGGUAUACCACAUCGAAUGGCGCGCCUUGCUUCGUUUGCUAUGGUGGGAGCAGCUCGUAUCACCGCUAUGGCAGGGCGUGCUUUGGGGCAUGGGCGGCGUCGCGCUGGUGUGCGCGCGCCAGUCGCUCUUGUACACCCAGACGGCCAAGGUCCCACCUCCGCCCCGCCCACAAGGCCUCAUUCCUUUCCUCACGCAAAUUCUAGCGCGCCUCGGCCUGGGAGGACUCGCUAUUUAA